AAUUUCGGGCGCGAAGGAUUGAGGAGCUGUUUUCCUUAAAACAAGAUAGGAAAUCUAUCUUGUCAUUAAAACAGAACACCAAAUACACGUUGACAAUGGAUAGUGAUCACGUCCUGCAAACUUCGACUUGGGCAAAAACCAAAGAAGCGAUUACAAACUUUCGAAGACUUCUGCUGUGCUCCAAAUGCUCACAUUUAAUGAAGGACCCUGUUUGUCUGGGAACGUGUGAGCAUUUAUUAUGCAGGUCCUGUGCUGGGUCCAAUGCAGGAAAUGGGUGUGUGGUGUGUCACAGUCCAGCCUGGGUAAAGGACAUCCAGAUUAACAGACAGCUGAGCAGCGUCAUAGAGCUCUUCUGUGGUCUGGAGAAACUUGUGAACCCAGCACAAGAAGAUUCAACAAACCAAGAAACUCCUGUCUCAAACCAGAAGAAGAAUGUCAAAAUUUGGUUCAGUCCUCGCAGUCGAAAAAUCCGCUGUUUGGUUGAAAAGCCUUUUCAAGGCACAGUACCAGAGAGCAAGCCUCCUGGACAAACUGCUGCUCCGAACACUACAGAUAUAUCUAAAGACCUAUCAGUUUUUAAUUUUGCUUCUUCCUCUCAAGACUCUGGCUCUAGUAGUCCACAAACUCGAGACUUGAGCACAAGAAGCAAAAGGCACACUAAGAAAAGUACGACUAGGAAAAAGCAGGCUUCAGCACAUGGCACUGUUCGCGCCCAACAGACCCAGAGCGUGCCGAAGAUGAGGAGGCUGCAGGCUAUAAAUCAGCAGUGGGGUAUCUCGGAGGGGCCUGUGGCGUUAAAGGAUCAACCUUGCACGGAGCAGCCACGCAGGUCUGGUAAGAGGGUUUCCUUUGGAGGCCCUGCUGUCACCUACGACAAGCCGUGUGCUCAACUGCCCCAGGGGACUACUAAUGAACUCAACCCUGGCACUGUGAAUGGAACUGUCCCGGGAACUAUAUCCCGUGACCGAGCAGCUGACUCUAACACUGAAAUAGUGGACAAUUUGGCCCAGAAUAGCACACCUCAUACAAAUGAAUGUGAAGCAGAGGACAAUGCAGAGAAAAAGGAGGAAAAUGAGCCCUCUCCUACUAUGAAAAGAUCAAGGAUAGAGGAAGGCUUCUCUUUAGACAUGACACCAAAACGUCCCAGGACAUCACCAGGGAGCAGGAGGAAAUCGAGGGGUCAUAGGGUUCCCUCUGUCCUCAGCUCUCCCUCUUUGUCCAGUCCAGCAGGUUCAAAGGCAGGAAGGAGCCCCAGAGUGGAGCUUGGAGACAGCCCGUCUUCCUCCCUGGGCAGUGUCAGCAGAAAAUCUCCCCGCCUCUCCUCUGGAAGCCCUGCGGUGAUGAAGAGGAACCAUAAGGGAGAGACGCCGCUCCAUAUAGCUGCCAUAAAGGGAGACGCAGAGGCUGUCAAAGAACUGCUGGAGCAAGGGGCAGACCCCAACCUCAAGGAUAAUGCCGGCUGGACACCUUUGCAUGAAGCCUGUAACCUUGGGCACUUGACAGUUGUGGAAAUCCUUGUUUCGAGAGGAGCCCUCCUGAACACACCCGGCUACAAGAAUGACUCUCCUCUCCACGAUGCUGUGAGGAAUGGACACGCUGCCAUCGCCAAACUGCUGCUGCAGGUCGGAGCCUCUACAAACGUGCUUAAUCUGUAUGGAAAGAGGCCUGCAGAUUAUGCAGUCAGUCGUGAGAUGUUGGAGAUUUUCCAGGAAGCCACUGAAGGAACUCCAAAUGCUAAUACAACUCUGAGCCCUGCCAUGUUAAAACAGAGCGUAGGCAGAAGCGACGAAACACUGGUGGUGAUUCUGUCCAGCAAGCUGUCACCGAGCGAACAGCAACAACUUGCCAAAUUGGGACAGCUGCUCGGGGCAAGAAUGGUCGAUGCUUUCACUGAAUCAGUGACUCAUGUUGUGGUACCCGAUGGACAGAUGCCGACCACAUUUAGCACCCUCCUUGGCCUCCUGGUGGGCUGCUGGGUGGUCAAAUACAGCUGGGUGGAGGCAUGUCUGCGAGCAGAUGAGAGGGUGUCCGAAACUCCCCAUGAAGCUGGAGAAGGCCCUCAGCGCAGUCGCAUCAAUAGAUGUAAUCUGCUACCCCCUCUAUUCGAUGGCUGCUUCUUCUUCUUGCUGGGUUCUUUUUCAAGCCCUGCUAAAGAGGAGUUGACGCGGCUGCUAAGGGACGGUGGGGGGCAGAUCCUGAGUCGUCAGCCCAAACCAGACAGCGACGUGACCCAGACUGUGAGUGCAGCCGCCUACCAUGCCUCUCCUGGCUCUGACCAGGCCCUGUGCACCCAGUACAUUCUGUACGAUCCACACGGCCCACACAAGCCUGUGAUCCGGAGAGGCAAGGUGUGGUCUGCCCCCUCCUCCUGGAUCAUCCAAUGCAUCACUGCUUUCAGACUGCUCCCUGUACCAGAGCCUCAGACUUAACUACUGUGCAUAAAGGAUUAGUCUGCAGUUCUUUAUCAUCUUUUUAGCAGAUUAUUAUGUUUAUUUACUCACACUAACUGGCCAUUCUAUGUAAUUAUGCUUUUAAAUGCCAAUACAGCCACAUUUUCUGUCUGAAACUAAACAUAAUUUCAACCUUUGUGCUGACCCUUCUACAUUACAGUUUUUACUUUCGGUGAAAUAUUAUCUAUCAAGAAAUGACUGUAUAGGGCAAAAUAAAAAAAUGUAUAGCAUAUUGUAAUUUUAUACAAUUCAGUAUGUAUUUUGUUAUAAUAAUUGCUAUCAAUUACAAACAAUAGAUGUAAUUUGUACAUUUAACCAAAACUGCCUUUUUUAUCAUGUUGAAGAUACUAUAGCCUCUUUUCCACUGGCACAGUUCAGCUUCCUCCAGUCGAGUUGCGUUUCCAUGUGUAGAACAUGGCUCCGGGUCCAGGGGUAGGGCUCUACUGAGACACUGGCAUCACCUAAACAUAAUUCACGUGUUCUUAAUAAAUAAAAUAUCAAUCGUAAAUUA